UCAUUCAUGAACGCUAUGCAAGUUAUAAAUUCGGUUAGCCAAAUUUUGCAUCUACAGAACAAAAAAGUAGCAACACAGACAUCUGAAAUAUCAAAUAUGUUGAUACUAUCAUCACCACCAGCAACGACCUCUCUAGUGUCAGUACGACAUCGUCGUUUCAGUGUCAACAACACAAGGUUCCGCCGACGACUCAAGGUCACAAGCAUGGCAAAGGAGACCAGUGAAGAAGGCAACAGCGCUGUCGAGAUAGCUGCAAUCACCGGUGGAUUAGUCGCAACUCCAGUCAUUGGGUGGUCUCUUUACACCCUGAAGACGACAGGCUGUGGACUUCCACCCGGGCCUGGAGGCUCGAUAGGGGCAUUAGAAGGGGUGAGCUACCUGAUAGUUGUGGGGAUUAUAGGGUGGUCACUGUACAGCAAGGCCAAAACUGGAUCUGGUCUGCCCAAUGGUCCAUUUGGGUUGCUGGGAGCUGUAGAAGGAUUAUCAUACUUGUCAUUGCUUGCCAUUUUGGUUGUGUUUGGAUUGCAGUUCCUUGACAAGGGUUACAUUCCAGGGCCAGUCCCUGGCGAUCAGUGUUUCGGCUGAGGAAGAUAAGCUGGUACGGGCCACCAACCAUUGUUGUAUCUUAAACUUGCGGCCUUGGUUUAUCCUAUAAUUUCUGCUUUUCUGUAUUUAAUUUUUGUGGAUAAUCAUCCUCCAAUUUAUUUCUUCAGUUUUUAUGGCAUUAACCGCUGUCGUUUUGCUGUA